AAAGAUAAUUAAAAGUUAAUAUUACACCAUUACAGGGCCCGCCGUGUGACGAUAUACGGCGAGGAAGUUUCAUUUCAUGAUUCAUUAGGUACGCUAGGCACACAACAGAAGGGAGAAGGUUUGGUUAGCUCAGAUUUGACAAUGAUCAGGGCAGCAUCGCUUGUGUUAAGCGUGGCAAGCUUGGCAAACGGAAUGUUUUGGCCAGGGGGCUUUAACCCGUUCAGGAUGUUACAAGGCGACUUCGGUCCCUUUGAUCCGUACGGCAACAUGCAGAGAAUGAGAUCCGUAAACUUAGACAACAUUCCCGCGGGAUCUGAGAAAGUCGUGAGAGAUCAGAACGGAGAGGGCGUCUACUUCAAAAGUCCUGAUGGCAAUUCCGGAGGUUUCGCCUUCACGAGCGGAGGGGGCCCCGGUGGCUUCGUCAUGAACAGUGGAUUCACAGGGGGCGCCCCAAACACUGGCUUUGUGAUGACGGCAGGAUCGGGACAACCACCCCGCAUCUAUGAGUUUGGAAACAUGCCAAAGGGCGAACGACGUCACUUUAGAGACGGCAACUCACAAGGAACUGUUUUCAGAAGUGCCGAUGGAAGUUCUGGUGGCUUCACUUUCACCAGUGGCAACGGAAAUGCCUUUGCUAUGGGGGGAGCAAGCAGUGGAACCGGACCGGAGGGAGUCUCCGGCGGUGCAGAUUAUUCCGGUGGAAGUAGGCCGGAAACUGGAACCGGAAGUUUUGCGUUUAGUAGUUCCCAUGCCGGAAGUGUACCGAAAAAGAGCAAGAUGAUUUAAAACGACGAAACGCUUUCAUAUGGUCGGAGUCUACAUUAGAAGAUACCAUUUGUGUUGGAAAACCAAUAAACAGACAUGCAGGGAAUCAGCUAUAACAUAUUCUGUCUUUUAAUUGAGAAUUGAACUAGUCUAUAAAUUUAUGUCUAGAACUACACGAGGAUAAGAUGGGCGCUUGCUAUUCUACAGAAAAAUGCACACCAAUCACCGCUCUUGUAACAUAUCAAUAUUCCGUAAACAACUCGAAUGGAUUUAGGACGAACAAAUUGCUUUGUUAAUUAAUUGCUUUAGCUGUAUAAAGGGGAGGCUUUCGCGGAGUUCAGUUACAAAAUUGUGUCGGUUCAAAAUUUCAGAGGGAAUAUUUUCCUCUACGAUAUUGAUCUAUGGAAAGAAAGAUUUAAGUGACAUGUAAAACUUCAGGGCCAGUGAUAUAAUUAUAUUUAUCAAUAUCACCAGUAUACUCAUGUAACCAUUAAAUGAGGUUGUUACCUUU